AUGGAAAGAACUCAGGCAGCAACCAACCAGCAAGAAAACACCAGCAACUCAAGAAGACUGCCAACGAACUCGGCACCAAGGACUCACACACAUGACCAGCCUUCAUCCUCCAAGAUCCCAAUCCUCAGCCGCUCCUUCUCAACCUCCCGCCGCCAGCAGCCACCCGCCCAAUACCACUAUCUCCAGGCCAAACACAAACAGAAACAGCAGAAGCCACCCUCACCCACCCCGUCCGGAUCAUCCAGCUCAGCAACCGAUGACCUCUUUGCCGGCCCACGCACCUCCAUCCAUCUCGACCCACUCACCGGCCAACUGCUCUCGGCCGGCCACGAUGUCAGCGCGAUGGAUGCACUCAUCGACAACCUGAAGAAGGACCCCUCAUCCCCGCAGAGACGCAAGCCAUACCAGCAACGCUCAGCGCCCAGGACCAGCCAGCUCCACCCAUCCUCCUCCUCCUCCUCCAAUCCACUCCGUCCACCCACCACUCGACUCCCAUCCUCAUCAUCCACCCUCACCAGCCUCGCAAAGAUCCACAGCCAGUCCACCAACGAUCUCCCCUCCAUCCAUCGCUCAGCUGGCCACCAUCACCAGUCCAGGCAGCACCAACAGCCAACCCGACUCGCCUCCACCUCCGACCUCAACUCCCAGCAUCAAUCCUCCCGAUCAUCCAAUCAUCCCAAACUAUCCCUCCGCUGCUUCUCCAGAUCCUCAAACCAUCCCGCCGAGUACUCCUCCUCACACCCACUGCCGCCCAUCCAUCUCCACUCACCCUCUCAAGCACAUCCCCCACUCCCAACCCCGCCUCCCUCCGCAAUCCCAACCAUCAAUGGAAUCAUCGAAAAAUACUCCAAGAAGAUCAACUAUUCUGCUGCCAGCCGAUCCCCUCAGCUGAAGAUCGACUCGAUCGAUGAGAUUGUAGAGAAAUAUAAUCCACUCCUCAAACGCUCCGCCCUUCACCACUCAACCAACAAUCACCCCGCCAACCAUACCCAAUCCUCCGACCCUAAACACCUCUGCCCCCUCUCAUCAGACCAUAAUCAUCCUCAUCCCUCCAGCUCACCAAUCACCCGGCUUCGAUCGCUAUCCGAAAACUCCGACGACUCGCACUCAUCAAUCAACUCACUCACCAAGGAAGCCCUCUCUCUCCAAGCCCUACUCUCCAGCCAAGCCGAACGACUCCCUCACCCCACUCCUCUCCCCCGCUCGCCCUCUGGCUCUCCCAAGAUUCUUCGCCCAGAUCCCGAUUCACUCUCCAAACGAAGCGCCAGUCCCAUCCACCGCUCACCACUCAAACAAUCAUCAACCACCGAGGAUCGUCCGUCAGCACGCGCUCAGGUCGAUGAUCCAAUAGCCCUUUACCUACGCUCGACGCGUCUUACGACGCUGAUCAAGCUAGAACGGCAACAGAGCCCGAUGACCGUCUCUCUAGCCGAUGUCGGCUCACCCACUGGCCAUCCAGUGGUCAUCUUCCUCGGCCUGGGCUGCGUGCGAUAUCUGGUCGGCCUGUACGACGAGCUAGCGGAGGCACUUGGGCUGCGGCUGAUCUGCAUCGACCGUUGGGGUCUCGGCAAGACCACCGAGGUACCGGACGAGCAGCGGGGGUUCCUGGAGUGGGCAUCGGUGGUCGAAGAGGUCGCCGACCAACUGUCCAUCGGCCGCUUCUCGAUCCUUGCACAUUCGGCGGGCGCGCCCUACGCACUGGCCGCCAGUCUCAGGCUGGCCGACCGCGUCUUCGGCUCCAUCCAUCUCCUCGCGCCCUGGGUCAGCAUGACUGCCGAGGGCGGGAUUAAUGCGGGGGCAUACAAGUGGCUCAAGUACAUCCCCAACUCGAUGAUCAAGACCGUCCAGGCGGCCGAGUGGAAGAUGACCGGCUGGCGGCUGGGCAAGCCGCCGACUCUGAACCAUCCCCCGGUCGGCUUCGAUGCCCGGGCCCCCGUCGCAUCCAGCCAGUCUUCGCCACUGGCCGGGCUCGAGGAGGAGGAGCAGGAGCGGGGGAGUCUUCUGGACGAAGAGGCCCCGGAACCCGACAUCGCCCACCGCCCCUCUCUCCCGCCGCCGCUGCUGCCGCUCAGAAGAGGCUCCAAGCGCAGCGGCACAUCCGCCGAAGAGGUCGUCUCCAAAAGUCGCGCCAGUGUCGAGUCGAGCGAUUGCCGCUCGAUCGCCACCGACAGCUCCAUGGGCAAGUCCAGACACACCCUCCGAUUCAACGGCUCCUCAUCCACCCUCGCUAGCGGCCACAAGCACGGCCUCUUCGGCAAGUUCUUCCCCUCCCAAUCCCACGCCAUCGUCCCCGAUUCCACCAAACAUCCCGACCCCUUAUCCCCCUCCGACCACAGCAACAACAAACCGUCCAUCGCCAUUUGCGACUCGCCUCAUGGCACGCCCAUCGCGCUCUUGUAUGACUCUAUCGCUUCCCCUGUCCCGUCUCUGGUCGGUGGGAGUUAUGAAGACGUCACAGACGAGAGAAACGGGGUCCUUCAUCAACCGAAAGGUCACUCACCCUUGAGUAACAAAAGAACCUCUCAGAAGAUGAAGUACUGUUACAGUGAGUCCAGGUACGGUAACGUGAAGAAGCAAGAGGAUGUAGUCGAAGGAGAUGGGCGUCCAACGCGGAGCCAGACGAUGCUGCACCAGCCGCCGAUGCAUCUCGGGGCAAGCAGCAGCAGCAGCAGCACGAGCAGCCACCAUGUCCCAGGGCGAGCGGAAGACGUAGUUGUUCCGAAGGAGGAGACGGAGGAGGGUAAGAGCGGGAUGCGGCGAUCGCUGGGGAUAAGUCUCUUACGGGCGUCGUACUCGGAGUCGUUGCGUGGGGGGACGUCCGAUCUGAUCACGAUCCUGGAGAAGAACUCGAAGCCGUGGGGCUUCUCGUAUGCCGAGAUCGCCACCCCGGUGAAGAUCUGGCACGGCUCGAAGGACGAGCGGCUGGCUGCCAAAGGCUCCCAAUGGUUCAUCAACUCCAUCACCCGACUGGACGUCAAGAACCGCUCCGAACUCGUCAUCGUUAACGACGCUACUCAUUCGCUCAUGACGGACGUCAAUGUGCUCUACCAGGUCUUCGAAUCGAUCGCUGAUCAAUGGGCUUCCUCUCCUAAUCUCGAAUCUCCCUAA